GCGGUAUGAGAACCCAUGCUGUUAAAAAUGGAACUUUCUUCAUCAUUGACUUCUGUUGGUUUGGGUGAUGUAGAAGGAUUUGGAGGUCUUUUGGGCAUUCCUCUUGACCAGCCACAUGCACUGGAAGCACUUGGUACUAAGCGCAGAAGUAGUUCUCGUUCUAUCAAGCGACGAAGAUUUGAUGAUGAAUUGGUGGAGUCAAGUCUUGGUACACCAGGGAGUCUUGCCUCAAAGGUAGCUCGUGCUCGCACACAGUCAAACUCCAGCCCCGGGCUCAGUCAGUACAACACCACGUACAGUUCUCGAGUUCCCUCAACACCUAGCUCCAGCUGUGCACCAGCAGAGCUGGGGUCAUCAAGCAGUGUUGUGGCAUUGCCUUCAGUGAUGACUCCUCUGACACUCCCAGAAAAUCGUCAACCACGUCGCAGUGCUACCAAACCAUCAUCUUCAUCUGGAGGUCGACGGAGCAGGCGACCUCGACACACUCACUCAGUAGCCACCAAAGAUCUUGGACGAUGGAAGCCAACCGAUGACUUGGCACUUAUCUUAGGUAUCUUUCAGGCCAAUGACCUCCGUACGGUUCAUCGAGGCACUAAGUUUUCCUGCAGGUUCACAGUGCAGGAACUGCAGCAACGUUGGUAUGCCUUGCUGUAUGAUCCGUCCGUGUCACGUGUGGCAGUGGCAGCUAUGAGGAACCUUCACCCUGAACUCAUAGCUAAUGUUCAAAGCCGCACGCUCUAUUCCAAGGCUGAGGAGCAGCUGCUUGGCACAAUAAAGUCUACGUCACAGCCAGGACUGGAAGUUUUCCAGAACCUUCUGGAACAUAACCCACACAUCCUGUACCCUGCACGAACUGCCAAGGCAUUGUUAACACACUGGCAACUUAUGAAACAGUACCAUUUGUUGCCAGAUCAAACAGUUCAGUCUCUGCCGCGGGGAGAGCAUGUUCUCAACUUCUCAGAUGCGGAGGAACUAAUCAAUGAUACAGAACUAACUGAGACGCAGGAUGAGAUCUUGGAACAGGAGCUGGCAGUGGCAGAUAGACAUGCAAAGAAGGAGAUCAGACAUCUUGAAAAUGAGUUAGGUCGAUGGCAGGUCCUUGUUGAUUCUGUAACUGGUAUCAGUCCUCCUGAUUUUGACAACCAAACGCUGGCAGUAUUGCGGGGUAGGUUGGUGAGAUAUCUCAUGCGAUCCCGAGAGAUCACAGUCGGACGUUCAACGCAUGACCACAGUGUGGAUGUUGACCUCUCAUUAGAGGGUCCUGCCUGGAAGGUAUCACGUCGUCAAGGCACUAUCCGUCUUCGAAACAAUGGUGACUUCUUCCUCUCUAGUGAAGGAAAGAGAGCAAUAUAUGUUGAUGGACGUCCAAUUCUUGCAGGGAAUAAAUACCGUCUCAAUAACAAUUCUGUUGUAGAGAUUGCUGGACUUCGUUUCAUAUUCUUGGUGAACCAGGACUUGAUAAGUGUAAUCCGCCGUGAAGCUGCCAAGAUGAACCUCCAGCCAUGAAGCUUCUGUUUAGGUGAUGGUUGAACUUCAUGCACCAGUGUUUCUGUAAAAUUAAUUUCAUGUGAACUCCCAUUUCUGACAUCUUAAUCCUUGAUAAAUAAAUAUUAGGUAAAAUUGUGCUACAUCAGAUACCUACUGUCUGUGAAAUUUAUGUGGAUUCUGUAUGGUAUGCAGGUAGGUAUUUGUUGUUACUUUCUGUAAUGCCAAAACUAAAAUACAUUAACAAGUGAUUUUAUUGCUUUUAUUGUGAAAUGUGAUUUCUAAUUUUGAAGAAAAUAUGAAAUGUACUUAAAAGAAAGUGCUCAGGAAUGUAUUUGGACUUCAGAAGAAGUGCAAAAUGGUGGAUAUCAAUCCUUUAUGUGUAGAACUAGUAAAAUUAUAUGUCACUUGCUGUGCUAAAAAGAUGAGUGUAUACAGAACAUCUAAGUGAAGUGAUCUGAUAGUAUGAAAGUACAGUGAAUUUAGAUGAUGCAGCAGAGAAUUGAAGUAACAAAGAACUCAUAAAUUUUAUAGCUCAGCCGACAUUGGUAGGGUAGUCAUAUUAAAGAGGUUAUGAGUGAGUAUGUAAGCUCGAAUGGAGGAAACAAGAAAUAUGUGCAGAUGUUUUGUGGAAAGCAUUCAUAUGAGAGACCAAGAAGGAGAUGGAAGAACAAUAUUAAAAAGUAUCUAAAUCAUAUA